AUGGAAAUUAAGGAAGAAAGAUUGAAAGACAUUUUGGUCUUCUCAAACGUCCUGGUUAUCAGGGCGGUCAUGAAAAUUCUUGGGGAGGAAUAUAUCAUGAAUGAAGACCGCACUAGGGUUAAUUCUUAUAUUGCUGCUAUGUUCUUAGCGAUGGCUAUGCAUUAUGAGAAGGAUAGGGACGUGGUGAUAAAAUUAUGCAAAAGUGUCUUCAAGAAAGAGUUGCCAGGUGAACUUGAGAGGGUGGUUGUCAAUAUUGACGAGGAGUUAACUACACCAAAGCCUCGCAAUUAUGAUAUACUCAUACGGAUGAAUAACCCAAUGCCUAGAUUUCCAAUCUUGGAAAUUGAGGAUAUGGCUGCCUUUGCGGCCUAUAAUCCGACUAGGCGAAGGAAUUUUUUCUUUCUUAUGUGGCUUUUGCAUAUUAGGAAACCAUCAUGUAACAAGUGGCUGGCCAACUAUUUAGAAGCCAAAAACAUUGAAGUUGCCCCGGAUGACAUGGUCAUCCCUCCCGUCCCUGCCUCUAGCCUAGAUAAUUCUCUAGCUAACUCAGGAAAGAAGGUAACAGAGGUGCGGGUGAGAAGAACUAUUUGCAAUUUGUGCACAAAACACUCUAACUACUCAGAUGAACUCUAUGAUCUAUACAAAACAUCAAUCAAUGAUUACAUAGAUUCAAUGGUUUUACCUGCUUUAAGGCAGAAGCAUGGUGAGGUCAUGUUGAGAGAACUUGUUAAGCGUUGGAAAAAUUACAAGGCGAUGGUUGAAAGGCUCUCCCACUUCUUUUCUUAUUUGGAUUGUUUUUACGUUUCAGAGCGUUCUGUUCCUACACUCGGAGAUGUUGGACUCCAGAGUUUAUUUGAUUUGGUUUAUGGUGAACUAAAGAUUAGUGCAAGGAAUGCAGUGAUUGCUCUGAUUAAAAGAGAUCGUGAGGGAGAGCAAAUUGACCGAUAUUUAUUGAAAAAUGUUGGGAGCAUAUUUGUUGUGAUUGGAAUGGGUGAGAUGGAUUGCUAUUUGAAUGAUUUUGAAGCACCAAUGUUGGAAGAUUCUGGAGCUUACUACUCUCGAAAGGCCGCAUCAUGGAUUAUAGAGGAUUCUUGUCCAGAAUAUUUGUUGAAGGUUGAAGAAAGUUUGCAACUCGAGAAGCUUAGAGCUUUCCAUUUUCUACAUUCUAGCAGUGAGAAGUACUUGUUAGAUAAAGUACCAAAUGAAUUAUUGGUUCGUUAUGAGAACCAAAUUCUGGAAAAGGAUUCAGGUGUCUGGGCCUUGCUUAGAGACAACAAGCAAGAUGAUCUUUCAAGGAUGUUUAACCUGUUUAAUAAAGUAUACAGAGGCUUGGAUCCAAUUGCAAAAACUUUUAAACAGUUUGUGAUUGCAGAAGGAACAGUACUUGCUGACCAGGCAAAAGAUGGAGUAACUAAGAAAGAAGAGAAAAGGGACGCCAGUGGAACUCUAGAGCAGGAAUUCGUACAGAGGGUUAUUGAAAUGCAUGACAAGUACGAGCAUUAUGUCUUGGAGUGUUUUCAGAACCAUGAGCUUUUCCGAAAGGCUCUAGGUGAGGCAUUUCAUACCUUCUGCAAUAAAGGACCCGCAACAAACUUGACUGCAGAAUUGCUCUCUGCAUUUUGUGAAAACUUACUAAAGAAGUGCAGUACUGAGAAAUUAAGUGAUGAUGAGAUUGCACUUGCUCUUGAAAACGUGGUGAGAAUUCUUUCAUACCUUGAAGAUAACGAUUUAUUUGCAGAGUUCUACAGGGAAAAACUUGCUCAUAGAUUGUUGGGUGAAAGAAGUCCAAAUGAUUGUAAUGAACGAAGAAUGUUGGCAAAAUUAAAGCAGCUGAAAGGGUCGCAAUUUACAUCAAAGAUGGAGGGCAUGGUUAUAGACUACUCUCUAGCGAAGGAGAACCAAAAUGAAUUCAGGACGGGGUGCCAAGGCAGCAGCUCCUACGGCCUGGGAUUGUCGGGAGUGCAGGGAGUGGGGAGCCGUAGUGGCAUCCUCCAUGGUCUACGCUGGAGGAUGACUCCACGGUGGGACUACAAAGGAGAAGUCUGCAGGGGCCCCGUGGAGUGGUCUGCAGGCGGGGAGCGCUCAAGAGUGGGCCUGCGGAGAAGGAGAGGGAGCUGCUGGGUGGUCGCGGGGAGUGUGCAUGGAGUGCGGGUCACGCAAGGAGUGGGAAGAAGCUGCGGGGAGCUCACGCAAGGAGUGAGGGGAGGCAGGUGCUUGGGGAGGCUAUCGUGGAGAGCAAGCAAAGACAAUAUGAAUAGCCAAGAGUUUUGGCAGCAAACAAGGAAGGAGUCCGUCGGACUACAACUUCCAACAGUGACAUAUCUUAACAGAGAAGACAUUCAUGUUGGAUUAGAUUUGAAUGUUACUGUCCUUACUAGUUGGUUUUGGCCAACCUUCAAGUCCCCUAAUGUCAAUCUGCCCAUUGAGCUGGUUAAAUGUAUAGAUAUAUUUAAACAAUUAUAUUCUAAGGAAACUGAGAAUCGCAGACUUAUAUGGAUGUAUUCUCUAGGGGACUGCACUGUAGAAGGCAGGUUCAAUGACAGGACAAUAGAGCUGGUAUUAUCAACUUAUCAGGCCGCUUUACUAAUGUUGUUCAAUGAAUCUGAAAAACUUAGUUUUGAUGAAAUCAAAUCUCAAUUGAAUUUGGAAGAUGAUGAUGCAAACAGAGUGUUAUAUUCACUUGCAUGUGCCAACUACAAAGUUCUUAUCAAGAACCCAAACACACAAAAAAUAGCACCUACUGACUAUUUUGAGUUCAAUUCAAGAUUUGCAGACAAAACUAAAAGUAGAAGAAUAAAGAUUCCACUUCCCCCCAACAAUGAUGAGAAGAAAGUAAUUGAAAACGUGGAACUAAAAAGAAAGAAUUUAAUGGAUGCCGCAAUAGUUCGCAUCAUGAAGAUUAAGAAAGUAUUGUCUUAUGACCAGCUACAGAGCGAGUGUGUUGACAAACUCAAAGAUAAAUUCAAGCCGGAUUCUAAAGCAAUAAAGGGGAGGAUAGAUGAUCUGAUUUCUAGGGAGUUCCUGGAACGGGAUAAAGAUGAUUGCAAUGUGUUCAAAUAUUUGGCCUGAAAGGCUCUAAGCAAAGGACUCUUCUUGACGGAAGCAAAGUGUGUCAUGUCAUCCAUAAAACACUAAGACAUGGAAUGAAUGUGAAUGUGAAUGUAAAUGUUUGCUAUACAAAUUAAUAAUUUAUAAAAGGUAGCAACUCCAUCCAAGUAUUAUAUGAUAAAAUCUAAAAGUAUGGAAUAAUUAAGUUAAAAAAAAAUCUUUUUACAGUGGAUUAUAAUGAAUUAGAAUGCAUUUAAUAGAAAAUUGUACUGGUGAGAAAUCUAAAAAGC